CGCAAGACCCGCCGGGCGGAAGUGAGGGCGCCCCCGCCGCCGCCGCGCGCCGGUCCCACUCCGUUGCGCGCGGGUGGGAGGCGGCACGUGCGGGACAUGCGCUGGAUUGGCGCGGCAGCGGUGGCCUAAGGCUGCUCUCUUCCUGCUGCGGUUCUUCCUGCUCUCCAUGCUGUCCUUGGGCGUCUUUGCGGGCAGAAGCUUGUGCAGAGCUGGUGGCCCAAGGAUUUUAUUCAGAAUGACUUUAGGAACAGAGAUUACUAUAGAUCACAAGGCCUCAUCCUAUACUGCAGCAAGCCGAAAUGUCCUGAAAUGGGAUCUGCAGCCAGACCAAAUUAGAACCAAGACUGAAGAGCUUAUCAGAAAAACAAAGCAAGUAUAUGAUGCUGUUGGGAUGCUUGAUAUGGAAAAAGUCACAUAUGAAAACACUGUACAAGUUUUAGCAGACAUAGAAGUUGAGUAUUCAGUGGAAAGAAGCGUGUUGGAUUUCCCACAGCAUGUUUCCCCUGACAAAGAUGUGCGCACAGCAAGCACGUAUGCUGAUAAAAAGCUUUCUCAUUUUGAUGUUGAGAUGAGCAUGAGAGAAGAUGUAUUCCAAAGGAUUGUCCAUUUACUGCAAACGUGUGACAUGGGGUCUUUAAAGCCUGAAGCCAAAAGAUAUCUAGAGAAGUCAGUAAAAAUGGGUGAAAGAAAUGGGUUGCAUCUUCCUCCUGAAAUACAGAAUGAAAUCAAGAAAAUGAAGCAGAGGCUGAGUGAGCUGUGUAUAGACUUCAACAAAAAUCUUAAUGAAGAAAACACGUUUCUAGUAUUUUCUCAAGAUGAACUCCGUGCUCUUCCUGAUGAUUUUAUCAGUAGUUUAGAGAAGAUUGAUACAGACAGAUAUAAAGUUACCUUAAAAUAUCCUCACUAUUUUCCUGUUCUGAAGAAGUGCUGUGUUCCAAACACCCGGCGAAAAAUGGAAAGAUCUUUCAACACAAGAUGCAAAGAGGACAAUGCUAAAAUUCUUCAGGAGUUGCUUCCUUUGAGGGCAAAAUUAGCAGAACUUCUAGGAUACAGUACACAUGCCAACUUUGUACUAGAGUUGAACACUGCGAAGAACACGGAUAAUGUAACAGCAUUUUUAGAUGAUCUGAGCAACAAGAUGAAGCUUCUGGGUGAAGAGGAGAGAGCAUUUAUUUUAAACCUGAAAAAAAAGGAGUGUGAAGAAAGAGGCUUUGAAUAUGAUGGGCAAAUUAAUGCAUGGGAUCUGCAUUAUUAUAUGAACCAGGUAGAAGAGCUCAAGUACUCAGUAGAUCAAGAGAAACUGAAGGAAUACUUCCCCAUCGAAGCUGUCACUGAAGGUUUACUGAACAUUUAUCAGCAGCUGCUUGGACUUGUCUUUGAACAAGUAGAUAAUCCCCAUGUUUGGCAUGAAAGCGUUACUCUUUAUACCGUGAAGGACAGUUCAACAGGAGACGUUUUAGGACAGUUCUACUUGGACCUAUAUCCAAGAGAAGGAAAGUAUGGACAUGCUGCAUGCUUUGGGCUCCAGCCAGGUUGCCUGCUCACUGAUGGCAGCAGAAUGAUAUCAGUAGCAGCUCUGGUAACCAACUUCACAAGAGCAACAGUGGACCGCCCAUCACUGCUACAGCAUGGUGAGGUGAAAACUUAUUUCCAUGAGUUUGGACAUGUAAUGCAUCAGAUAUGUGCACAGACUGACUUUGCUAGGUUUAGUGGAACCAAUGUGGAAACAGAUUUUGUUGAGGUACCUUCCCAAAUGUUUGAGAAUUGGGUAUGGGAGAAAGAACCUCUGAAACAAAUGUCAAGACACUAUAAAGAUGGAAGUCAUGUUCCAGAUGAUCUCCUUGAAAAACUGGUUGCUUCCAGACUAGCCAACACAGGUCUUCUGACUCUUCGCCAGAUUGUCUUGAGCACAGUUGAUCAGUCAGUUCAUACUAAAUCUUCGGCUAAUCCUGCUGAGGAAUAUGCCAAGUUCUGUGAUGAUAUUUUGGGAAUACCUGCAACGCCUGGUACAAAUAUGCCAGCCACCUUUGGGCAUUUGGCAGGUGGAUAUGAUGCUCAGUACUAUGGAUACCUCUGGAGUGAAGUUUUCUCCAUGGACAUUUACUACAAUUGCUUUAAACAAGAAGGGAUAAUGAAUCCAAAGGCUGGAAUGAAAUACAGAAAUCUUAUCCUGAAGCCUGGAGGCUCAUUAGAUGGAAUGGAUAUUCUCCAAAAAAUUUUAGGUCGUAAGCCAAACCAAAAAGCUUUUUUACUGAGUAAAGGAUUAUAUACUUAAUAAAACUAUGGGCUCUUUGUAAUUGGAUGUCAUCUGGGGAAUCAAUCUUGAAAUGCCUGCUGAUGUUCUUGACCUGAAAGGUAAAAUGAUGAGUGUUUUUCACUAGAAAGGUCUAAUUGCUUUUAUAAUGUUUUUAUUCCUGGUUUUAAACAUUCAUAAUUUUCAGCACAGCCUCCCCACCCAAACCCAUGAUGAAGUAUUGUUCUGAAUUUCUUACUUUUGGGGUGCUGUGUGGUUUCUGGGCUGUAUGGCCGUGUUCUAGUAGCAUUUUCUUCGGACGUUUUGCCUGCAUCUGUGACUGGAUCCUCUGAAGAUGCCAGCCACAGAUGCAGGCGAAACGUCACGCAACACCCCAGUGAUUCCGGCUGUGAAAGCCUUCGACUUUCUUACUUUUAAUCAGUAAAUUAUUUGUGGAUUGUGAUGGAAAACGCUGAUGUAAUUUAAAAAAGAAUGAAAAAGAAAACUCAUCAAUAAAUAUAAUAUUGUACAUUUUGUGGAUUGUAACUCUGAAUAACAGACUUUUAGCCUACAGGGUAAAAUGAAUUGUUGGCCCUUUGAACUUCACCCAAAAGGUGCCAUUGUGAAUCACUUAUCAAGUCCUGACACUCUUGGUUACCUCACUUGUAAGUUCAGAGUCCACAGAACAAUAAAACAAAGGCUAAAAUGCAUCA